GGCAAGAGCCUUCUGGCGUUGCUGAAAAAAAGUCAGCUACCUAAUUUAUGACAACCAUCUGAUGUGUCGCACCGAGCUCUUCCGGACUAUCUCCGCUAGUUCAAUUGGAAUGGAUGACUGACUGUCGCUGUUCAGACACAUCACACCCGCCUGUUAUAUAUCUCGCUCCUCACCAUGCCUCACAAGAAGUCCGGCAAAUCCUCCACCAAGGGUGCAGCCUCCACCGUCGUAAAGACCUCAGUAUUGACGUCCGUAAACGGUUACUCAAUCCUCCCCGUCCUGACGCCAACAUCCACAAACCGCGACGCCAAGCACUACCUCUACGUUCGCGAACAUGUCUCAAAACUCGAUGAACCAACCGAAACGGACGGCCGCGUCCUCUUCGCCGUGAACCUCCCCAUCGACUCGACCGAAGCACAUUUGAGAGCGCUGUUUGGAUCAUUGGUGCCCGUAGGACAGGGAAGGAUCGAGAGUGUCAAGUUUGCGGGACCGAUCGAUGUUCAGAGGGUUGUAAGUUCUGAGGAUGUCAUCGAGGAGGAAGUAGAGGAGCCGCAGACCGGAAAGAAGAGGAAGCGGGAAGCCGAGGCGUCGACACCGUUGGCGAUCACCGGAUUCCCAUCUUCCUGGGACCGCAAGAUCUUGCCUGCGGCCUCAACAGCCCAUAUCACAUUCCUCGAGGCUUCCGGCCUACAGAAAGUUCUGUCAGCACUCGUGUCGGAGAAGUUGCACCAGUCACCACCACUAUGGGGCAAGAAUGUCAACCCAGGACAACCACCCCUCGGCCUCGCCCGCUACCAAGCCCACCACACCCUGUCCUACCCCUCCCGCGCCCUCCUCCAAGCAACCGCAGACAAAGCCAUCGAACUCUUCGAAUCCCGCGAAAAUAUGCGCGCAGUAGCCCUAAAACGCAUGCGUUCCGAACCCGACGAGGACGGUUUCGUCACCGUCACCCGUGGCUCUCGCUCUGCCCCUGGUCGUGCCGCAGAUGAGGAUGAGUUGAAGGAGAAGACGGAGGAGAAGAAGAAGAAGGGGGAGUUGCAGGACUUCUAUAGGUUCCAGUUGAGGGAGAAGAAGAGGGAGAAGAUGAUGGAGUUGAGGAGGAAGUUUGAGGAAGAUAAAGUGAGGGUUAGGGAGAUGAGGGAGAAGAGGAGGUUUAGGCCGUAUUAGAGCCCGGAAGGGAAUGAGGGGUAUAUUGAUAGGGA